CUUUUGGCGCGCAAUCGGCAGCAGCUGCUCAGUUUUGGUUGUUGUUAUUUGCGUAUUUGUUUAAAAUACAUAUUAAUGCCCUGUUUAAUGGAUGUGGCGAGCACUUUCAACAGCCAGAGGGAUCCUACCGAGCUGAAGGAGUCCCUCAAGGAUUUAUACGCAUGGCAUGCCAUUCCGUUGCUCAACUACACGCCGCUGCAUAAGCUGAAAGAUCAGUGUUUGGUGCGCUUUCGCGGCAUGAUUCAGGACAUGAUGGAUCCAGAAAUCUACUUGGAGUGCUAUGAGGUGAAAUCCACAGACGGGAACAAGCGGGUGCAGCACGGCAAAUACCACGAUUGCCUUAAGCUAGCCGCGGGCGAGGCGAUCGACUACAAUGCCGACAGCAAUGUGCAUGGUGAGCGACGAACACUGUUUGUAGUGUCAGUGCCAGGCCUAAAUGAUUGGACCAAGCAGCACGAGAGUAAGUGCAGUCCGCAGCCACAGUUGGUCAGCCAAACUCAAUGGCCAAACAAUGCCAAAAAGCGAACAUUAGAUGACCAGGAAGCCAUGGAAGUCGAAGAUGAUAAUGAUGCGGCACUCAAGCGAAAAUGUGUGGAGACGACCAAGUCGACAUCCGAUGACGCAACGGCAGCUGCUCCUUCCGUUCUCGGCUCUGAGUAUCUGAUAAAUUCACCACUUCCCAGUCGACCCAGUAUGGCGUGCAUGGUGAAAGUGUACGAGGACUUUGAUAGCUACAAACUCAACAGCCUGGUCGACUUUGUUGGUAUCCUGUCAGUGGAUCCUUCACUGGAUGCCGCAACCAUAGAUACAGAGGGUUUUGAUAGCUUAAGCGAACUGCAGGCCACACAUCCAUCGCCGUUCCUCAUACCGCGUUUGCACGCCUUUGGCGUCCGACAGUUGCCGCACGCCAAUCCCCUGCUGGACAAGAGCCUGCAACAGCCAGCGGACGCUGGUGCCAGUGAAGAUCCAUCACAGAGCAGCGUGCACAAAGAUCUACGAAUGCUACUGAAGCUCUGUCUGUUCGAUGAUGACUUGGCGGCCGAGUAUUUGCUUUCCCAUUUGAUUUCCUCGGUUUACAGUCGCUCCGAGAUGCAGAGCAUUGGAAAGUUUGCUCUAAACAUAUGCAACUUGCCCAAGGAUUCCCUAGCCGAGUAUACCACAAAGUUGUACCAAGUGCUGGAGUUGCUACUGCCAGCCAGCCACUACCUGCCCAUGACCCUGGAGACAAUGAACACGGCAGCCUUUGCACCCAAAAAGGAUUAUGAGACCAACAAGCUGGUCUCUGGCAUGCUGCAGCUGGCACCACACACGCAUCUGGUGCUGGACGAGACGUGCAUGCAGCAGGGCAAACUGGAAGCGAAUGGCGUCCAUGCCGUUCAGCACUUGGCGCAUUUGAUCAACAGCCAGGAAUUAAAGUGUGAUUUCCAGUACUAUCAGAUCGACUAUCAUGUGAACAUCCCAGUGCUUGUCCUGAGCGAAGGACGCAGCAUGUUACCGAGUGACUUUGUUUUGCCGAUUAAUGCCGAUACCAAGGCCGUGCAACUGCUCGAUGAAUCCUUGAAGGCUGCCCAUCACUAUCUGCAGCCAGCACGCCUGCAGCAAUUCCGCAAAUAUUUGACUUUGGCACGCAUCAGUCCGUUUAACGUCAGCGACGAGCACACGGAGAUGAUUCAACAGGAUUUUGUGGAUAUGCGCAAGGCGAAUUCCAAGAGCAAUGCGGAUGAUCUGCACGGCUUGCUGGUGCUCUCACGCCUGCUGGGCAUUGCACGUGGUAAGGAUGCACUGGACAAGGAAACUUGGCAGCUGGCCACGGAGUUCGAGGCCAAGCGGCGCCAGCGGCUGCAGGCAUUGCCCAAGUCAGCUGCUCAGAUACGUAAUUAAUUGAAUUUGUAUUCCUUUUCUAAUGUUUAUAAACUAUUAUUACUUGCUAUGAA